GUGUUGGUGAUAUUUUUUUUCGCGAUUCGUCGGGCUGGAGGUCGAGCUGUGUUGAUUAUCGAGCUUUUACGCAUCCGUGAUAUGAAAAAUUGCUCUGGGAAAAGGUCUCGAAAUUAACGAGGAUAACUCGCUUCUAGUGGGUCGGAUUCUAGUGAAAUUAUGUAAAAACUUGUGUGCCGGUGAAGUGUGGUGCAGAUUGUUACAAAUUUUCCAAGAAGGGCUCAGCGUUCUCGGGGCGGGCUCAGGUUAUUCAACCGGGACCGAGAGAAGGGUCUUUCCCAGCCCCGAUUGCGGAGUACCUACAUAGAAGUGCAGCGCAGCAGAAAUAAUGACCAAUUUGGUGCAAAAGUUGCUGGUGCAGAGGAGCCAUCUGCUCGCAGCAGUUUACCGCCGAAGUUUCCACCAGGCUGUGUCCGAUUACCGUCCGUCCGGGCCUCCGAAGCUGUCCCCAUAUGAUGUCAACUGCAUACUCAGGGCAAACGAACACACACAGGACUUUGUGGGUGGUUCGGUCAAGUGCUACGACUCGAACCAGUUGGCCUCUAACUCGCCCAUCGAGGACUCCCGCACGGAGGGAACCUGCGUGCACACGUCCGGCCUGCUGCUGGGAAUCUUCGAUGGUCACGGGGGUCCGGCUUGUUCCCAGGUGAUAAGCAAACGGUUGAUGCGGUACAUUGCCGCUUCGUUGGUUCCGCCGGACGAUUUGAAGGUCCACAUGAAAAACGGAGCCCAAAGUCAUUCGUUCAUCAACUGCCACAAUGAUAAGUUGGAGUUUGUUAGCGAAAUCAAAGACAUCUACGAGCGAAGUUUCAACCUGUUCGCCAAUGAGCUGUUCGACACGACGCUGGCCGGAUUUCAGAUGCACCAGGUGCUGGAAAAUGCGUUCCUGCGGUUGGAUCAGGAUCUGUCGAAGGAGGCGAUCGACCAUCCCAGCCUGAGGACAAUGUCGGUGGCCAUGAGUGGGGCGGUGGCUUUGGUGGCGCAUAUCGAUGGGCCGCACUUGCACAUCGCCUCCACGGGGGAUUGUAGUGCAGUACUGGGGACGGUCACUGAUACAGGUCAGUGGGUAGCCAAAAAGCUCACCAACGAACACAACAGUGACAACGUAGCCGAAGUCCGUCGGCUGUUGAACGAGCAUCCGGCCACCGAGCGGGAUACGGUAAUCCGUGGCGAACGGCUUCUCGGCCAGCUGGCCCCACUUCGAGCGAUGGGAGACUUCCGUUACAAGUGGACCCGAGAACAACUAGAACAGUUGGUAGUUCCUCAAUACGGCGAGCAGGUCAUCGCCCCGUACUAUCUCACCCCGCCAUAUCUGACCGCUUGUCCGGAAAUUACCCAUCACAUUCUGACGCCGCGUGAUAAAUUCCUGAUACUGGCCAGCGACGGACUGUGGGACACGAUGAGCCCCAUGCAGACUGUCCACUUGGUAGGAGAACACAUGCACGGUAAGGCCUUCCUGCAGCCGCUGAAACUUCCGAAACACGAAAUAACCCUAGGCGAGAUCAGCCAGAUGCUGAGCACCAGGAAAGCGGGCCUCCAGAAGAAACCGCUGGAUCGGAACGCGGCCACGCAUCUGAUUCGGAACUCCCUCGGAGGCACCGAGUACGGCGUGGAACAUUCUAAACUGUCCCAUAUGCUGUCCCUACCGCAGGACAUAGUCCGGUUGUUCCGGGACGACAUCACCAUCACGGUGAUCUACUUCGAUUCGGAAUACCUGCGGAACUGCCCCACCUAGCGGCAGCUGAUGUUGCUGAGAGCGCGGCCAGCCUGCGGCGGUGGAUGACGAUCACAGUCCGGUCGCAGGGAGUAGCAUUUAGUCCAAGAGGAGGGGAAUCGAGGGACGGAAGCGGAUCGAAUCGUUGUUGCUUGUCGAAGGGGGGUCCAGCUGGGGAACAGGCUGCGGCCAUUUGUAUAAUAGAUGUUCAGGUAGCAUAAGAAUACCACACAGACAGACGUUUCAAUAAUAGUGUUUUCGAAUCUGUUUCUUUUUAGUGUUUUUAUUUUUUUUAGUUUUUGUCCGGUACCGAAACUGUUUAUUUAGAAUAUUAUAAAUACGAUUGAUGAGAAUAAAACAUCGCUGCAGAUUGAUAUUUUAUUAAAAA